AAGGCAGCAGCAGAGGAGGAAGGAUCCCUGGCAACGCUGUCACAAAGCUAGCUAACAGAAUCCACAUAAUCUGUCUACUGCCUAGCACUCUGAACGCAUCAGCUUUGUCAACAUGCAGUUAAAUGUUUACCUGUAUAGUCUACCAUUUAAUCUUUACCUCGUGGACUCUUCGAAAGCUUGUUAAUUAUGAUGGAUUUUUUUAACGAGCCAAGCUAGCCUAGCUAGCAGACUAUUUCUUCGUCGUAGUCACAAUCAGUUGACCAGCUAACUAGAACGAGUUGUUGUUAGCUUACAUUCGGUUAGCUAGCUCGGCGAAUAUGGCGAUUGUUUCUGGUUCUUGUGCUAGGAUAAACGGGUCCAGAAAUGGGCCCUCUGUGUCAGGUACACCUUCUGGCUCCGUUGGACAAUCUCAGCCCAUGAUAGCGGUGUGGGAAUGGCAGGAUGACCUGGGCUACUGGCGGCCUUACAGCGGCCAAGUGAGCGCCUACAUCGAACGGUGUUUGUCACCGCGGGGCCAGAGAGGAGGAGGGGGACCCGGCUCCACUAGUCAUCUGCUCGGACAAUCAGACCCUAGCCUGUCGCCUUAUCUAAUAGUACCAAGCUUGAAACAGUUUCGGCAGGACACAGGAAAGACGCGGUCAGUACGUCGGUCCCUGUUUGCGCAGUCGUCAGGUCUUGGAAGCGGUGUCUACUGGGAAUGGGCCAGAGAGGGAACAUGGACUCCAUAUGAGACUCGUAACCUCCUCCUGUUGGAGCACAGCUACCAGGCCCGCCAAGGCACAGCUGACUUGGCACAUGGAUAUAAUUACAUAGUAGAUCUUACAUCUCUGACCCAAGUGAAUAAAUCCUCUGGCUUCAGACGGCAGGUGCGACGGCAGUGUAACCUCCCUUAUCCUCUGGCCUCCUCAGGCCCCCCUGCUAUCCCUUCAGGCCCUGCCUGCUCCUGCCAGCAGUGUCUGAGCCACAGCAGUACAGGACCCAUCCCCAGCAGAUCCAGGCAUUCAUUUUCAUCAGGUAGUUUGAACCGGCCCAGCCUGCAAAGCACAGGGAGAGCUGCAGCAGCUCACCCCACGUCUGUGUACUCACCCUACCCCAGGAGACCCCUUUCUGUUGGGGGCAUGUCCUGGGGCAGCCCCUGGCCUCCUCCUUCUUCUGGAAGCCAACUUUCUGCACCACUUCUAACAAGCUCUACCAGUGCCACAAAUGGGUUAAGUGUUCCUUCCACUGUGCAGCUGAAUGGAUCUACCAGUGUGAGCUCUGCCCUCGCAGGCAUGGCCUCCAUUUUGAUGUCAGCGGUGGGACUCGGCGUGCACUUCACCAGUGCCCCCCUCCCUCAGCAGCCACAGCCGCCGCCGCAGCUACAGCAGCAGCAGCAGCAGCAGCAACCGCAACCUCCUCCUUUCUCUCUUCCUCCUCCUCUCCUCCCCCCAGCAAGCAGGCCCAGCAAGCCCCACAGCAGCAGCAGCAGCAGCAGUUCAGUUAGGAGAGCAAAGAGGCAGCACAGGAGAGCAUCAGCUCAGAGACCUGAGGAGGUGAUUCAGCGCUACAUGGAAGUAGUGGCUGGAGUCCCAGAUGAGGAUUGUAUUAUCUGCAUGGAUCAACUCUCCAAUCCAUCCGGCUAUGAAACGCCGCCAACGGAGGAAGGAGGCCAGAGCAUCCUGCCAGAAACUGUGGGCAAAUUCAUCAAAUGUGGACACACCCUGCACAUGCUCUGCAUGCUUGCCAUGUACAACAAUGGAACCAAGGAUGGCAGCCUGCAGUGUCCCUCGUGUAAGACAAUCUAUGGAGAGAAGACGGGCACCCAGCCCAAAGGCAAGAUGGAGAUUUACAGCAUUGCUCAGUCGCUGCCGGGCCACCCUGACUGUGGGACCAUCCAGAUCAUCUACAGCAUACCACCUGGCAUCCAGGGUCCGGAGCAUCCCAACCCUGGACAGCUGUACACCUGCAGAGGCUUUCCCCGCUUCUGUUUCCUACCGGACAAUGACAAGGGCAGGAAGGUGCUAGAGCUGCUGAAGGUGGCGUGGAUGCGUCGCCUCAUUUUCACCGUGGGAACGUCUAGCACCACCGGAGAGCCCGACACAGUAGUGUGGAAUGGAAUCCACCACAAAACCGAGAUGAUGUCCAACCUGUCCGGCCACGGUUACCCCGACCCCAACUAUCUGGACAAUGUUCUGUCUGAGCUGGCCUCUCAGGGCGUGACGGAGGACUGCCUCAAAGCACCCAGCAGCAGCAGCAGCAGCUAGGUCACAGCUCAGAACUUCACACACUUCCACUCACUACUGACCUCUGAGAAAAACCCCUCUAAAGCCACCUGUGUGACCUGUCGGCGGUCACGCAUCCUGUCUGUGUUUACGUUAAAUGUCAGCAUCCGCCAACAGAGUGAGCAAACGGGAGGAGGGAGCUGGAUGAAAUUGAACCGGAAGGAUGCGCUCGCUGAUAAAGACUCGUGCUCCCACUCAUCACAUACGGAACACGCAGGAAAACAUGGCUCCUCCUGCUCUGAGCUUCUUUUAAAAAAAAGAAAAAAAAAAAAAACUACACCACAAACUGCACAUUGUCUGUUGUUGUUCAUGUGUAUCCCCUUAUCAGGCACCAUAACAGUGGCAGCUUACUUUGGGGAUAAAAAUCUCAUGAAGCACUUUAGUUCUUACAGUGCAUUUAGCUGGACGAUUUCCGGGUGAAGGGCAGGUGAUUUGUUUAAUUGGGAGGUAAUGCAAUUGAGAUGUUUCUGCUAAAAACCUUCGCAUUUAGCACAAGGACACACUGAAACCUCUAGUAGCAAAAUGACUAUAUAUUAGCCUAUCGGACAAGUAAAGGCAAUACUGUUGUAAAUAUUAAAAAAAAGAACAAAACAAAUAAUGUAAAGAAAAAAAA